UACAGUUUUUAAGGGAGAAACUAAUACAAAGAGAGAUUGCCCCUGUUUGCUGCGACUCAAGACGUAUCAAAUGUUGGAGGCACCACCUUAAAAAAGUUGAAGUUGAGACCUCUACUAAAUAAUAUGGGAAUCCUUAUUCGUCACGUCAAGUCUCAACCAUUUGUUUCAAACUGACAUGGUAGAAUAUGCUGACAUUAGAAGCUGGCUGGUUUUCGGCUGAAGACUGAUCUUGUCUGUCUCGAUUUGCUUAUUUUCCCAUGGGUCUGCCCCUUCGUUGCUGCAGUGUCAAAGUUGGAAAAGGUGGAUUAUGUAGUGACAACCUUUAUUUAUUCUCUCUAUAUACCUUUUUAAAUUUUUUAAGCAGACCAGAUACUUCCAUGAUUAAAAAGACAAUUAGCUUAGACAUUAACUAUGGUUCUGUCUUGUGUUUUGGUCUUUACUUGUUGACCAUAUGUUCUACUGAGUGUAUACGUCUG